AUCUUCCAGAAGACUCGGUGGGGCAUUUUCGAACCUGAAAGUCAAUUAGAUGGAUGUCUUCCGUCUGUUCAGUUGGGAAACCAGAAGCGGUGGCAUCUUCCAGAAGACUCGGUGGGGCUCUUCCGAACCUGGAAGUCAAUGCGAUGAACUUCUUCCGUCCGUUCAGUUGGGAAACCAGAAGCGGUGGCAUCUUCCAGAAGACUCGGUGGGGUUCUUCCGAACCUGGAAGUCAAUUGGAUGAACGUCUUCCGUCCGUUCGGUUUAGAAUCAGAAGACGCGACAUCUUCCGGAAGAGGAAGAAGGUUGCCAUUGUUGGAAUUUAGGACGAGGGCGAUUAGUUUGCCUUUGGCUGCUGCCACGGAGUGAAAAGUCACGAUGGGAUGCGAUGGAGGAACCAUUCCCAAGAGACACGAGCUGGUGAAGGGGCCUAAGAAGAAGGCACAGAGUGACAAGGAUGCGGACCUGGCGGCACGCUGGUUUUAUUGCGCGCUGAGUCAGCAGCCACUUCGUCCGCCUAUAGUGGCCUGUGAACUCGGCAGGCUGUAUAACAAGGAUGCCGUCAUCGAGUUUUUGCUGGAGAAGAAUUCGGAGAAAGUAGCUGUGGAGGCUUCUGCUCACAUCCGCACCCUCAAGGACUUGACCGAGUUGCGCCUGACGGAGAACACGCUGUGGCAGGGCGAGCAUGCACACAGCAAGGGCGGCCAGACCACCAACAUUCCCGCCCCACGUUUCUGCUGCCCCCUCAUCGGCCUUGAAAUGAACGGGCGCCACCGUUUUGUGUUCAUUCGGGGAUGUGGCUGCACUUUCUCCGAGCGAGCUCUCAAGGAGAUAAAGUCCAACGCCUGCCUCAAGUGUGGCGUGACAUUUCAGGACGACGAUGUUGUGGUGCUGAACAGCUCCGCAGAGGAGAUGAAGCAGCUGAGGGAGCGCAUGCUCGAGCGUAGAGAACGUGCCAAGAUUGAGCGGAAACUGAAGAGGGUGAAAUCCAAUGGCUCACAGAGCACUAAAGCCCUCGAAGAGCCAGGCACAUCCGCUCAUGUCUUUAAGAGACCUUGGCCCGUGGCAGCAAGUCCUGCGGUGGAGGAGGUGGGGCUCAGGGCGGAGAAGGUUGCACGCCUCCCCGUGGAGAAGGUUGGCCCUACUGUGGAGGAGACCCACCUUUCAGUGGAGAAAGUUGGCCCCACAGAAGAUAAAGUUGGCCCUACAGAGGAGAAGGUCGGCACCACAGAGGAGAAAUUGGCGGCGGGCCCCGCAGGGGAGGUGAAGAAUGGCAAGAUGCCUGUCGGCAAGCAAGGACGGGAGGGAAAGCGAGCGGUGGGAGCUGAGGACACAAAGACGGCCAAGAAAGACGCAAAGCCCUGCUCGGAGACGUACAAGUCCCUGUUCACCUCUCACAGCUCGGCCCAGAAGGAGACGGCCCACUGGGUCACCUACAAUCCCUACUACAAUUGAGCCCGCGUGUGUUUUCGUUACAUAUAAAUGCACGAACACGCUCACGCACAUCUUCCCCAAACCCUCGGAGCACUGGAAGAUGUUUCGGCAUUUGUGGAUGUAGUGGAAUGUUUCCUAAGUUUUUAUUGAUCUCCCGGUGCGGCAGUUUGAACAUGAGUCAAUUUUCAUAAAUCUGCCCCCUACCCCCCUGCCUCUGUCUACCCAGCAGUGUGGCUCGGUACACCACAGUCACGCUGCAAAUUCUGUGUGUGGCCAUCGUGGAAGAGUAGGCCAAAAUAACCUGUAAAGGGCCUCUCCAGAGCUCUUCGAGUGGAGUCCCUUGCUCCAGCAGUAACAUGAGCAAGUAAUUGCAGUGCUGCACCUUUUCAUCUUGAGCAAUACAAGUUAAUGUUAGGUUUGGAGUGGUGGCAUAGCACACUGCACAAUGAAGCCUGUGACCUGAGUUUUAUUCCUGGCCUUGGCUAACAUCCGUGAUUAGUGAUAUCUAAGCUGGUCCUGAGCAUCCCGUCAACUUUGCCAACCAGCAUUGAUCAUACUUCACCAUGUGAAGUACAACCCCCGUGACUGACGCAGCCUUGGGAGGGCUUCAUCUCGCGGUGAAUUGACAAAGGUGCUGUACAUUAUUCAAUUAAUGGAUGAAAAUAAGACGAUACUUUUUUUUCAA